UCGGCUCGUUGCUGCUCGUCGAUCGUCGUAAUCGCCUCUGUUCUCUCGAGUGUUUGCAAGUGUUUGUGUGUGUGUGUGCACAUAGCCAUGGCUCGGGCGGACGUUCUCAUCGUCGUCGCUUGCCUCUGCCUGUGGGCCUUCUCUGCCUAUGACCAGGUCGAUGCUGCCGACGCGACCGCUACUGCGCCGAGCAACAGCAGCAGCAGCAGCAACACUACUGCACCACAGGAGCAGCCCCUGAUCAAAGUCUGCCAAGUUUGCAACUGCACAGAUGACACGGUCGAUUGCUCGAAUCGCAAGCUGCAGAGCAAUCUGCAAGAUCACGAGUGGCCGACUCAGGUCCUGAAGCUGGUCUCGUUCGACAACAACGAGAUAAAGAGCCUGAAGGCCUUCCCCGCGGCCAAGGUCGAGCGUCUGUCCCUCCGUGGCUGCGGCAUCGGCCAGAUCGAGCGCGCCUCGUUCAAGCUGCUCGACGGCCUGAGCGAGCUCGAUCUCAGCCACAACCUGCUCAAAUACGAAAACUUCAGUCCCAACUCGUUCGAGGGCAACUACAGCUCCAACGCUUACGAGCCGCUCGCCAAGCUCGAGUCGCUCAAUCUGUCCUCGAACCUCUUCCACGCACUGCACCACGACAUCUUCGAGCACGUGAACAAUCUGAAGCGCCUCGAUCUGUCGCACAAUCCUUUCGAAAAUUUCGACUCGCCGAAUGCCGGUCAAUCCAUCGCCGGUUUGGUCCAUCUCGAGUACCUGGACAUCUCCUACUGUCAGCUCAAGACGAUCAAAGAUGCGAUUUUCCACUCGUUCAGGUACUUGAAGACGCUGAAUCUGGCCGGCAACGAGUUUGUCGAUCUGCCUCCCGCCUUGGACGAUGCCCCCUGGAUCGAGAGCCUUAUCCUGGACAACAAUCCGUUCGAGGUAUUCAAAGAGGACCCCGUGGAGCCGCGCAAAAAGUUCCCCGUCAUGCGAAGCUUGACCUCUCUCAGCUUGAAGAACAUGACCAAUUUGAAGAUAAUUGCGAACGGAGCCAUGUCGAAUCUACAAAAUCUUCAAGUUCUCGUCAUCGAGGGCUGCAAAAAUCUCACCUCGAUCGAGGAAGAAGCCUUCGCGUUGAAGAGCAACGAGAGCUACGUCGUGUGGCCAAAACUCAAGACGCUCAACAUAUCCGGGAACGCGCUGCGCUAUCUGCGAUCUGGCUUGAUCGCUCGAUGGGACGACGUGAACGAGCUUCACGCGCUCGGCAAUAACUGGAGCUGCGACUGCGAGAAUCAGUACUUCAUCGGCGAUCUGCUGGCGAAAGAAGGCAAGCGUCUGAUGGGCGACGAGUACGGCAAGCUGCUGUGUUCGGAGCCGCCGGAGCACGCCGGCAAGAGCCUGGAGUCCCUCGGUGGCCGGCAAUUGCGCUGCCUCGACUACUACGGCGCCCGGCCCGAGAAGGACGCGAUGCUGCUCGUCGGCGUGCUGGUCGGGGUGCUCGUCGCCAUACCCGUCUGCAUCGUCAUCUACCUGUUCUGGAGGCGAGGCUUCUUCUUCGUCGGCAGCCAGAGCCCGGCCAGCUUCUCUCGGGCUUUUUACAGGAGGGCGCCGCCUUACAGCGAGGAGAACCACUUGUAAUUUGUUUGUGUGUAUACGAGUAUGUGUAGUAUGUGUAGUAUGUGUGUGUGUCUGUGUGUGUUCCAAGAGACGAUGGUCGGAAACGAGCAGCCGGUCGUUUACGUCGAUUAUGCUCUAAUUAUGAUAAUUAAAAAUUCUUUGUUAUUACUUGUAUACAAUUAUGCCGAUCACAGAACUUUGACCGAUUUUAUAUUUGCGUGUAAAUGCCAAAGAUAGAGAGGAGCUGGUGUCAGCUAGGAAAUAUUUUAAUAUCGAAAUAAACAUUGCGUUGAAAUUUUACUCAGAAAA